CGUUAACAACUAAACCAAACUUAAAAUAAGAGCUUUUAGGCGAUUUGCUUAAAAGCUGUGUUUUUUAGUAAUUUCUUAGCAUGAACCUGUGACCUUAUCUGUCUUAUCUUAAUACUUUGGCUACAGAAACUACUUUCACUGACAUUUAGAAAUUAUAAUUUGUUCAUACUGCGCAUAUGGUAAAGCAUAUACGCAAGUUGAUAUAAAUUAAUCUCUUUAUUUUUGUUCUGGUUCUGAUGUCUGUAUUUUUGAUAGGAAAAUAUUGAUUAGUUAAGAUAAUACAUUUCUUAAUUUUUAAAUUAUGGCAAGAGUAAUGUCCAUCUCACAAGACUGUCUUUUAAAGGACCCAGUUUCAAUUGAGAGGCCUGCAUCUGUGCUUAGAAGCAAGAAAUUAAGAACAGUCUUACUUUUGCUAGGAAUAACAUUUUCUGUUAUUGGUAUUGUGGGAUAUUCCAUUUUUCCGAAUUUGUUUAGAGUCUUAAUAGCAAAGAACUUAGUACUUCAAGAAGGCAAAGAAACUUACGAAAAAUGGAAACAAACUCCUAUACCUGUCACUUUCAAAGUUGUUCUUUUCAACAUUACAAAUCCAGCUGAAGUUGUCAAGGGCAAGUUACCAUCAGUCGAAGAAGUUGGACCAUUUGUAUUCAGACAAUAUCGAAGUAAAGAUGUUUUAUCAUGGGACCAUGAAGAUCUGACUGUUACUUACAAUGAUUUGAAGCGCUAUGAGUUCGUUGAAGAGCAAUCUGCAAAUAUGUCAUCAAAAAUAUACAGUUUAAAUUUACCUUUACAGGGUAUUUUGAUGUUUAUAAAGAAAUUGCCUUAUUUUCCUAGAAGCUUAAUAAUUCCUGGUUUAGAAGGUAUUCUUAAAAAUUAUGAAGAACACGUCUUCUCUCACCGAACAGCUAAAGAACUGUUAUUUGAAGGGUAUAAAGUUGAUCUCAUUCAGGAUCUUGUAGAUUUAGCAAGUGCUUUUGUAACAGUACCUGAGAUAUUACCAAAUAAUACUUUUGGUUUCCUUUAUGGCAAAAAUAAUUCUGGUGAUGGAAUUUUUACUGUAUACACAGGUCUCGAUAAUAUUGCUAAGUACUCUCAGAUUGUCCAAUGGAAUAAUAUGUCGAGAAUUCCGUUUUGGGGUAACGAAUACUGCAAUAUGAUGAAUGGAACGGAUGGAUCCCAGUUCCCACCUCCAAUUCAGAAGCGUGAUAUUCUAUAUGUAUACACACCAGAGUUGUGUAGAUCAGUUUCCUUAGUGUUCUCGGAAGAUGUAGCUGUACAAGGCAUCCCAGCUCUCAGGUUUGUGACACCGGAUUAUUUGUUCGAGAGUCCAAUAAACAACCCUGAUAACAUCUGUUAUUGUACCGAAAAAGAAUUCUGUCACCUUAGUGGAAUUUUAGACGUCUCACCUUGCAGGAAAGGAUUAAAACUUGCUGUCACCGGGCCGCACUUUUACUUGGCUCACGAAUCGAUUCAAGAGAGAGUACAUGGAUUGAAACCAGAGAGAGAAAAACACGAAACUUAUGUUGAUAUCGAGCCGAAAACUGGCAUUGUUCUUGGAGCUUCAAGAAAACUUCAAAUGAAUUUCAUUUUAAAGAGCUACUCAGAAAUGGAAGAUUUCCAGAACCUUCCAUUUUCCGUGGUGCCUUUGUUGUGGGUAACCGAGGAAGCUAUGAUUGACAGUAAAAAUGCAGCACUAUUUACUGCAAAGGUUCGGACGCCUAUUACAAUUGCUAAGUCUGUAUUAACGGCUUGUAUUGUGCUCGGAAUAUUGUGGAUUGUGACUGCUGGAAUUGGUACAAUCUAUAUCCUUGUAAAGGAACAAAAAACUGCGUCAGCUGUCCUCAAAAGUAAAUACAAGGUUGUUCCAACAAAAGCAGAUGAGAGAAUAAAAAGUUAAAGGCUAUUCAAACCAUAAACCUAGUCAAAUAGAAGUCCCUUUUCAAAGGCGAAAACCAAAUUUAUCAUUUAGAUAAUUGCUUCACCAGCAAGUCUUCACUUUACAUAUGCCAUCAAAGUGACCUUAAUCAUGCUUUCAUCUUUAUCAACAGGACAAUUGCUUUACAGUUUUGUCAUUUUUUAAGUGUAAUAUGACCAUAAGGAAUUUUAAGGGAAAUAAUUUUAAGCAGAUAUCUCACAAACCAUUAAAAUGAAAUCUGUGUCUGUGCAUUUCAUUUUAAAGCUGUAGUGAUUCUUGCUUUCUAUAAAACUUUUUUUGUAGUCUUAUUUUCUGUGACACCAUUGUAAUAAGAGUCUUUACUAUCUGUAUUUGUAACUAUUUAUCUAUGCUCUUAGAAUAUUUUACCUAUCCAUUUUUAAUAGUUAUAUUGAAAAUUUAGAUGUUGAAUAUUUUGAUAUCCGUAUAAAGUUGUAGAAUGUUUUAUACGUAUUUUUUUAAAGGAUGCGUCUCGUAAAACUAUAUAUUUUUCUUAUUUACUGUUUUAAUUUAUUUCUGUAAUAAUAUUUUUAAUUUAUAUGUCAAAUUUAUUUUUGCAUUUUUUUAAAAUUACCAAACUAAUGUUUUUAUAGAACUUUUUAUUCAAAGAAAAAUCAUGUUAAUUCAAAUCUUUGUAACUCAGAUUAGCAACAAGCUGCAAAAAAAAUUGAAAUAAAAAUUUAAUUUCUUCAAAAAAUUAAAAGGUUUUUGUAAAAUAUCGUUUUUUUAUUUAUAUCAAAAUGCAUUUCAAACUAUAUAUAUGUAAGCCUUUGUGUUUAACUUAUUCCUAAUUAAGUAUUUUUUUAUUAUAAAUUAAUCUUGCUUUAAGUUAUUUUAAUGAAGAAAUCUUUUGAAUUGUUAAAUUUUUAAGGACUUUAACUAAGCUUGUAGCAGGCUCUAUGAAGCUUCUUUAAUAGCUCAAUAUUUUUUCCGAAUUAUUUCAAUAAAAGAAAAAAAAAACAUAGUGCCAAUCGAGGAUAAUUAUUUUUGUAUAUUAAUAUUUUCUAAUCUAUUUAAAACAUGAGCCAUAACUUUGUAUUGACUACUUGUAAAAGCAGAUUUUUGUAUGGUUGUUCUUGGAAUAAAAAUGUUUGUACAAUA